AUGAUCGACGAAAAGGAGCUUCUACUUGCCGAGGACUUCAACAACGACGACGUCUCAAACGACAUCGAAAGCCAGAAUGAAAAAUCACCAGAGGCCGAGCACGAGCAAGAAGCAGGAUUCCAGACGACUCAGGUCAUCGCACUCUGCUGCGCUGCAAUAGUCGAACCGGUGGCCUGCUUCUGCAUCUUUCCAUUCAUCGCCGAGAUGAUUCAAAAAACAGGCGGAACAUCAGGAUCCGAUGUGGGCUUCUGGGCUGGAGCAAUCGAGUCGCUGUUCUCGGUCGUCCAAAUGGGCGUGAUGAUGGCGUAUGGACGAAUGUCCGACAAGUUCGGCCGAAAGCCGGUACUGGUCUUCAGCCUGUUGGGCUUGAGCGUAACCACGAUGCUCUUUGGCCUGAGCCGGUCCCUCCUGCAGAUGGUCAUCUUCCGUUGCCUCUCUGGACUUUUUGCCGGCAGUGUGGUCACCGCCCGCAUCAUGGUGUCGGAGAGUUGCACCGCAUCGACCGAAGCCCGGACAUUUGCCUGGUUCAUGUUUUCACGCAACCUGGGACUCCUUCUGGGACCUAUCAUUGGUGGUCUGUUCGCAAACGUUCAGCUCUUCGACCAAGUUCCGAUCCUGAAGGACUACCCCUACUUUCCGGCGACAUUCGCGGCUGGUGCGACAUGUCUUCUUGGAACCAUUUUGAUCGCAGUGCUAUCCAAAGAGACCCUCACAAAAACGAAAGCUGAAAAGAACGGUCCAGCGAAAGACGCGAUGACUACACUGCAGCUCCUGCGAAGUCCUGGCGUAUCUGCCGCGCUCUUCAGCUUUGGUUGCACGAGAUUCCUGUCCCUGGCUAACACCGCCGUUCUGCCCGUGUUCCUCUUCACAAGCAUCGACAAGGGCGGCUUUGGUUUCUCGCCACAGUCUAUCUCCUACUUCCUCGCGGGUUGGGCGGCAUGUCAGGCAAUCUGGACGCUGGUAUGCUUUGCGCCUCUCAAGCGUAGGCUCGGCAACGCUCGCGUGAUGCAACUCUGUUCUGCCGGCUGGCCGCUGCUGUUUGCAUCCUUCGCUGUUCUGAACGAAUUGCUCCGACACGGUCACACAACACUAUUCUGGACUUUCCUUGCUGUGCCGCUUCUACUCGGAGGUGGCAUUGCAAUGUCAUUCGCGAGCGCUCAACUUCUGGUGAACGAUACGUGUCCGUCGCCACAGGAGACGGCACUCAUCAAUGCUAUUUCACAGACGUUGAACAGCGCCAUACGAGCAGUCACACCAGCGAUCUUCACCACUGUCUUUGCAUUAAGUACGAAAUAUCAGAUACUCGAUGGACACCUGUGCUGGAUAGCGCUCGCGGCGGUUGCGUUACCACUGAGCUUGUAA